CGGCCCAUUCUGCACGCUGCCUUUCUGUUGUUUUCUCUCCCAAAGCAUUCAAGACGUCAAGGGCACAUAAGCAAAAGUAGGCGAUGGUCACACUUGUAUGGGCCGAGACGUCAGUUGCUGCGGGUAUUAUAGUCCACGGCGUUUGCGUACCGAUUUGAAUCGUGUCCUUCGGCAGCUGUAGGAAGGGCCGCGAGGCAACGCACAAAGUAGUUGACAUGUGCGUUGCGCUUGAAGGUGGCCUGGUGUGGGUGCAUGGUGAGAGGCCCGCUGUCGCUGCCGUUGUUGUCGUCGCUACCGUUGUGGUCGUUGUCAUCGUAUAACGCUACGCGCGUAUUUAUUUGUCCACUGCAUUACACUCUCCGCCAUCACCUCUCGCCCCAUACAUGCCACACCCACAUACAUCCAUCGCACCAUACCCACAGCCAGGAGACAGCUCUCCACACAAAACACAAUCGCAAGACUCCCUCGCUCUCCAAACCCCUAGCAGCUCGGGAAGCACUUCCACGAACUCGCUCCAGCUCCUUGACAAUGAUCUAGACGACCCCGACGACGAACUCGACCUGGACUUGGACGAUAUGGAUCUCGAUGAAGAGGAGUCGGAUGCGCGGGUAGACGAGCCGCUGGUAAGAGGGAGAGGGGGCAGACGACGGGGCAGGAGGUACAAGGAGGAGGCGACGGAGCGAGGGCUGCUCGAGCUCAUACCGUCGCUUAUUCUAUCUCAUCCUCUACCACUCCUGCCAUUGCUGGCACUACUACCAUACAACUUCUUACCCGCCGGCGUGGUAUUCUUUGUCCCCGUCAUCUGUAUCCUCGCACUGCUGUCUGUCUGCGCCCAUAUUGUCAUUGUGUAUCUUGCAUGGUAUCUCAAGGUACCCUCGUUCGAAGAUGUUUUCGCAAAUGUCACUGGCAAAUACGGAAAGUAUGGACUUUGGGGGGGUAGAGUCGCGACCCUCAUCGCAGUCCUCGGGAUGCUCGUAAGCUGGCUUGGAACUCUACAUCCAUUGGUGCAGCCCGUCAUCGAGACUUACUUUCCCGCGAACGCUGUGUUCUCUUCGCGAGUCUUUUGGACACUCUUGUUGUCUUUGACUCUAUUGCCUUCCCUUCUCCCUUCCCGUAUGACGCGCUCGCUUCAUCGUUCGCCCUUUGUUCUCGUUCUGCUGCUGCCUAUCGUGGCCUUUUUGAUUAUAGGCCGCACAGUGGAAAUCCGCAAGGCGUCCGAAAUUGCUCAGCCUGGUGGUGAUCAUGCUGGAGAUGGUGGAGCUGAUGUUGCUUCACUCGCGACCGACGUACUCGUUCAUUUGGGGAAGAGAAGGUUUGGUUUAGCAGGCGGAAGCAGUGCUGGAGCUGGUCUAACCACCUUGACGAUAUUUUUUUCUCCCCAUGUCAACACUCUCCCUAUUCAUUCCACUCUCGCCCGUACCAAACGUUCAAGUUUUUUCAUGCCGUGCCUCAUAUCAGGCGCCGUCAUCUUGAUACUUUCUCUCCCUCUCGCAUUGGUUCCAUACUACUUGCUCCCGAUGGACGCGACGGCCGCAGAUACAGGUAAAGGUGUGAUUUCGAAUAAUACCAUUCCUUCAGGUGUAUUUGCGCAUCUUCCAGCGGACGACGGCUGGGUUAACCUCGCGCGGCUGUUAAUGGUUACCCUUACACUCGGGUCGACAAAUAUGUGGAUCCUGCGUGGUCGAGAUGUCAUCCUCAAAGCGAUGGAUGUGGAUGGUGGCAACCAUUAUAAGGUUGGACGCUGGAUUGGCUUCGGCUGGUGGGUGGUCGCCGUGGGUGCGGCCUGCCUUGGUGGCUGGUUAGCAGACAAGAUCGAGUUGGUUGGCGUCUUAGGGGUGAUCGCAGUGGGGUGGUUCUUACCCUCCCUGUUUUUCAUCAUUACAUUCCAUGUUCGUUCCCCGCUGUCAAUUAUUUUCCCCUCACGCCAACCACCGCCAAAUCCGGAUGCUCUCGCGUCUCUGUCAACUUCACACAAUCUCAAUCGCCGCGGACAUUCCAGAGAAGAUAGUCUAAACGAUCCCUCGACGGAUGUUUUGCUGGCAAGGAAAGAGAGACAGUUGCAGAAACGCAGAUUAGGACGGAGACUGUGGCAAGAUUUGAUCGUAUAUGUUGGGAUAAUGCCAAUGGGGUGCGUCACCUUGGCAUGGACAGCGGGAAGAUUAGUUGGGCUCUGGUAGAUAAUUCUUGACCGGGUUUCUGAUGCACUUCAUAUCAU